AUGUCGACCGAGAUCCCGUCCGAGAUGAAGGCCAUCCUGGUCAAGGACAGCAAGGGACCUUCCUCUUCGCUCUACCUCGGCAGCUCGCCCGUCCCCACGCUCGAGGACGACGAGGUGCUCGUCAAAAUCAAAGCCUUCGGACUCAACCGGAUGGACAUCAUGCAGCGCGAGGGUCAGUAUCCACUCCCACCGCACGCGCCCACCAUCAUGGGUGUCGAGUUCUCCGGUCACAUUGUUUCGACCAAGAACCUCAAGGAUGUGCAAUGGAAGGUGGGGCAGGAAGUCUUCGGUCUUGCCGUCGGUGGAGCCUACGCCGAGUACAUCAAGGUUCCGGCUCGAAUGAUUUUGGAGAAGCCAUCCGAGCUGGAUUGGAUCCAAGCGGCGGCGAUCCCAGAAAACUACCUCACCGCCUUCCAGGCUCUCCGGACCAUUAGCGGGUUGCAGCCAGGGGAGAACGUUCUGAUUCACGCCGGAGCCAGUGGUGUGGGUCUAGCCGCCAUUCAGCUCGCCCGUGCCUUUGGCGCCGGUAAGAUCUACAUCACCGCCGGAUCCGAAGAGAAGAUCCAGUUCUGCCAGGAGAUCGGCGCAGACAAGGGGUUCAAUUACAAGACGUCCGAUUGGGCCGAGGAACUCGCCAAGCAUACCGGUGCCAAAGGCCCAGCUGGUUCGGUGGAUGUCAUCGUCGACUUCAUCGGCGCCCCGUACUUUAAUGGCAAUCUGCAGAGUCUCAAGAGGGAUGGAAGGAUGGUCAUGCUCGCCUUCAUGGGCGGCGCAAAGAUCAAGGAGACCGUCAUCGCUCAACUGCUUUUCAAGCGCUUGAGGAUCGAAGGGUCCACGUUGAGGAGUCGCACCGUUGAGUACCAGAGCGAUCUGGUUCAGGGCUUCGUUCGCGAAAAGGGUCUCGAAAGGCUCAUCCACGGCGCGAGAGACGGCGAGGGCAAGGAGGGAAGUAAGCUCGUCAUCCACAAGGUCUACUCGUGGAAGGAUAUCAAGGAGGCUCACGACGAGAUGGAGGCGAACAAGAAUGUCGGCAAGAUCAUCAUCACUGUGGAUGGCGCUUGA